CCUGCGGUUGCCUGCGGGGCAGCGGCGGCGGCCGGGCUGCCGGGAUGAUCCGGUUCCGGAGCUCCAGCAUCAGGUCGCUGAGCCCGGAGAUGAAAUGCACUGUGCGGCUGCUGGACGACUCAGAGAUCUCCUGCCACAUCCAGAGGGAAACUAAAGGUCAGUUUCUCAUAGAUCACAUCUGCAACUAUUACAGCUUGCUGGAGAAAGACUAUUUUGGCAUUCGCUACGUUGACCCUGAAAAGCAAAGGCACUGGCUUGAGCCCAACAAAUCUGUCUUCAAGCAAAUGAAAUCGCAUCCACCGUAUACCAUGUGCUUUAGAGUGAAAUUCUACCCACAUGAACCCUUGAAGAUUAAAGAAGAACUCACCAGAUACCUCCUAUAUCUACAAAUAAAAAGGGAUAUUUUCCAUGGACGUUUGCUGUGUUCUUUUUCUGAUGCUGCCUACCUGGGUGCCUGCAUUGUCCAAGCUGAGCUUGGUGAUUAUGAUCCUGAUGAACACCCAGAGAAUUACAUCAAUGACUUUAAGAUAUUUCCUAAGCAGUCACAAAAGCUGGAGAAGAAAAUAGCUGAAAUGCAUAAAAAUGAAUUCAGAGGUCAGAGCCCAGCUGUUGCUGAAUUUAACUUGCUCCUGAAAGCAUAUUCUUUGGAAACUUACGGUGUUGAUCCUCACCCUUGCAAGGACUCUAUGGGGACAACUACGUUUUUAGGUUUCACAGCUGCAGGAUUUGUAGUUUUCCAAGGGAAUAAAAGAAUUCAUUUGUUAAAAUGGUGUGAUGUCUAUAAACUGAAAUUUGAAGGGAAGACUUUUUAUGUGUUUGGAACUCAGAAAGAGAAAAAGUCUGUACUAUCAUUCCAUACCUCUACACCAGCAGCCUGCAAGCAUCUUUGGAAAUGUGGGGUGGAGAACCAGGCUUUUUACAAGUAUGCAAAAUCAAGUCAGAUCAAGACCAUGUCCAGCAGCAAGAUAUUUUUUAAAGGCAGUAGAUUUCGAUAUAGUGGAAAAGUAGCCAAAGAGGUUGUGGAGGCAAGCUCUAAAAUCCAGAGGGAACCUCCUGAAGUCCACAGAACCAGCAUUACCCAGAGUCGCAGCUCUCCUUCUUUGAAUAAGCAGCUCAUAAUCAACAUGGAACCUCUGCAGCCUCUCCUUCCUUCUCCUUGUGAGGAGGAAGAGGCUCCUUUAGAUGAAGGUAUCCAGCUGCCAAACAAAGAUGAGAUUUCAGUACCCGUGACUUCAAGUUCCCCAAUUAAAGACACUGGGGAGAGUGUCGACCUUGCCAUUGAACAGGAAGAGAAGACGAAAGAGGAACCUUUAACUAUCUCAGAACUGGUAUACAAUCCUAGUGCCAGCUUGCUGCCCACUCCUGUUGAUGAUGAGGUUGACAUGCUUUUUGAUAGCUGUCCAAGAGUAGAGAAUGAGAAAGAUGAUACAGAUUCAUUUGAGGAACUGGAAGCAGAUGAAAAUGCCUUUUUGAUUGCAGAGGAGGAAGAGCUGAGAGAAGCUCGGAGGGCACUUAGGUGGAGUUAUGACUUUGUAAUGGGGAACAUAAAGGUGAAUGCCUUUGUGAAGAGUUUUUCCAGACUUCUUCUUGUAGGCCUUGGACUGUUGUUAAUUGUGUUCCCUCUUCUUCUCGUUCUAUUGGAGUCAGACCUUCAAAUCUCAUUCCUCCAUGAAAUCCGUCAGACACCGGAGUUCCAGCAGUUUCAUAUUGAAUAUUACUGCCCACUGAGGCAGUGGUUCGCUUGCAAAAUAAACUUCAUUCGUGACACGCUGGGCAGCUUUUAAAUUUUAAAUAAAUAUGAUACAACUAAGGGCUAUAUUCAAAAUUUCAUUCAGCAACAGCUGUCCAUAAUGCCCCUGGGGCCACCAAUUGGUAGUGGUCUUCAUAUCCGGUUCAUUAGAGACUCUUCAGGCUCUUAAGUUCCAUUUAAAGACUUAAAUUACCCUUUUAGUUACAGGCUUCCACUGUCACCUUUCAAUAACCAAAAGAAAUCUCUAUUUUAAUUGCAUUUCAGACUUCCUGCUCACUUAUCACAUCAUGUAAGACGAGGUGGCAGUGAGUCUCAUUGUCCUUAAUCUUUCAAUCCAUGGCACUAAAAAAAAGAAACCACCAACUUUUUUGAAUAUACUCCUUAGUGCAGCAAUCUCUUCAACCAAUGCCUAUACAAGCAACGUUGAUGCUGGGUUUUCGGUUUAAGGGUUUUUUUUUUUCUGUUUGUUUGGGUUUUUACGUUUGUAUGUGUUUAAAAUAUUUUGGUAAAUUUUUAGCAAAGGACAAGUUCUGAUGUUAUUUAAAUGUACAAGUUGGUAAGAACAAUGCACAAGGGCAUGUAGGGUGUUUUAGCAAUGUUCUGUUUUUAAGCUAGUGGUUGGAGAAUGAAUGAGUUUAAUAUAGCUCUGUAGAGGAGGAUUGUGGUUUGGGAACUAUAUAGAAGGUUCACUCAAGUUUAAUAGGGCCUGUGGGGGAGGUGAAAGGACACCAAAAAUACAGAAGAAUUUCCGAAAGGCAUAGCUGUACAGCCCGGGGGAAGGGAGCGGAACUGAAAGUAGCAAUCCUUUCUCUUAAUCUGUCAGGCUGUGUUGCACUUUAUCAGUGCUGUAGAAAGUUAACUACAAGACAGUCCCAAGUAUGUUUUGGAAAGGUCUUCAGGCUAAAUGUAGAUUAUUGUACAUAACAUGGAAGAAGAAAUUAGUAAGUAGCAAAAUAUAAUAAAUAAAAAGCUUAAAAAAAAAAAAAGCUCCCAACUGACCAAAACCCUAAGUAAAGCAGUAGGUUAGUGACCUACUUAAAGGUGAUAGAGAAGAAAAAUUUAUUCCUUUCUCAAAGCAAAGCAUUAGGCUGUACAGUUAACAUAAAAGCAUUCUACUGACUCAUAGUUAAAGGCUUAAAUGCUUCAAGAGAUGCACCUUCAUCCUCGAUGCCCGUUAUUACUAUUCUCUAAGACAAUGUAUUUUCUGUGCAUACUGAUAUGCUUCUUCACACAUAUAGCAGCAUACCUACCCUCUUCCCCUGCUGUUAUGAGCCCAGUUACAUGAUCUAAUACUGUUUUGUGUAACACGGAUUUGUAUAUCUAAAGAUACUCCAAUAUAGCUUAGAGAUUAUACUUAAGUAAAAUCAAUAUCGAGAACGUUUGAAGGCCCUCAAAUGUGCCGCAGAGGUUGUAUUUAAGAAGAGAAAGUUUUUCUUUCUUUUACCCCACUGAUCUUAGUGCAGAUGUGUUAAACUAGAGAAUUUAGAGUCUUUCCCCUGAUUUGAGAUUUAUGAAUUGGAGACAUAUUUGAGACUGGUUUGUUAGAUGUGCAUUUACUGCAUUGUAACCACGUCUUUAAUUCCUAGUGACUGAAUUCCUUUAGUUUCAAUAUCAGAGAAUUGUUUCUUCUUGGUUUUCUCAUGUAAGUACUUGCAAAUAUCUAGUUUGAAAAUCAUAAUUUCCUAAGAGGAUUUUUCCUUCCCUUGUAUCUUCCCUGUGUUUGUUUUGUUUUGUUUUGUUUUGCUUUUUUAGGACAAAACAAUUACAGGUCUUAGGAGUUACUUUUCUCAUUUCAAAGCUUUCAGGCUGAUACUCAUUUCUGAAGCAAGGAAGGCUAAAUUAAGCAUUUGCCUUUUUGCUCUUGUCUUUGUUUGUCCUUGCCAAUCUGUUCCCCAGACUAAUUAUUGAUUAGUUACUUGAUAGGUAUUUCUUACUGUGGUACUUAGAGCUAAACAAUCCUUUCUCAUGAUCUAAUAAUCAUUCAGCCUAAUAGAAAUGGAGAGUGAAUGGAAGUAGACAUUAGGCCUUAACAGGAGAUUAUUCACUUGCAUUAUUUCUAAACAAAGGUGUCAGAAAAGCUUUUUAAAGUGGUGAAGGCUGUGAGAGUCAGCAGCCUGCUGGACUACGUAGACAUGGUUCCAUACAGGCUCCUAUGGAAAUAUGAUAAUUACUUAAAAAAAGGAAAAGGAAAAAAAUGUUAGAUCCUAUGCUCUUAAACUCAGUCUUGUCUGUUUAAUUUACAGCACUCCAGAAGUAGUACUAGUACUUUUAUGCUUGAUUUAACUCUAUCAGAAGGGAUCUGAGUUACAUGAGAACAUAAUCUCAGAAAAUACGCACUGCAGUGGGGAUUUGUGUAGUUAAAUGCAGGCCUGUGUCUGACUUGACUAACCAUGUGCAUACCUUCAGACCUGGCCUUUCCAGAUUCUUCCCUUCCAUCCAUAUAUUCUCUAGUCUGUCAAAGUGAUUUAGCUAGUAGUCAUGACAGUUCUAUAGUGGAAAGACCGAGGCCACACAAUACACACGGAAAGUUGGACAUAUUCUGAGAGGGUAGGAGUCUAGUAUUUUUUUGCUAAGGACAGUGGGUUAUGGAGCAUCUGUAGGUGCAGUAUUGUGUGUUUCUGUCUGUGCUUGGAUUAUAUUGUGACAUGUAAUGUACUUGAAAUCUAUUUUGUGGUUUGUCUGACAUUUAUAAACACAACUCUGGGAAGAAUUAAAAAUGGUUUUAUUUCAUGGAGACUAAGGGGAAAAUAUACCUGUAACUUGAGCCUUAUCUUUGUACGGUGAAUUUCACAUUUCUAUAUGUCAACAUCCUGAUUGUUUUAUAUGUUGAUAUGAUGGCGGGAAUCCCUAAUAAAAACACACUGGAGACAA